CUGGGUAGUUGGGGUUCAGCUUGUGUUCUUCUCUGAGCCUGCCCCCCGGAUUAUUCUUUCAAAGGAACAAUGGUCCUGGGGGGCCCCAAGCUAGGUGCUGCCUGUCUUGGUUUAAAAAGGGCUCUGAACUCAGACGGACUACCAGGUUCCCCUCAGGAUCUCCAACGACAGUUGUGUGAGAAACUCCAACUGAAGGUCUUGACUCCCAGACACCCCUGAACCUUUGUGGGUCCUUGGGAGAUCCUACCUGUUGUCAUGGCGAUGGUGUCCCCUCUGUCUCUGUUGUUGCUCCUCUUCCUCGCUAAGUGCCGCUGGGUCUCAACAGACUCAACAGCUGCCACUCACUCCCAGCUCCCGGAUAUAACGUCUGUGCCAGCCUCCUCCUCAGAUCCGAGCUCUUCAAUCUCUCACUUGCCCCGGGAAGCCACAUCCUCACCAGCAUCAAGUUUAGCUAUGGUCCUCGUGUCUUCUCCAGCCCCAGAUACCAGGCCCCCGACAUUCAUGAUGACAGAGGCCAGUGAUAGCACUCCUACUGAGGUGGCAUCCUCCACCGCUUUGGCUUCCACAGCCCCUGGGCUGACCCAAGUGGAUAAGGAAAUCCCCACUAGCAUCCAGGAAUCGGCCACGCAUACAUCCACUCUGGCUGCUAGUGUCUCAGAUGGAGCUGCCAUGGUAACAACUCCCUUCUCCACAUACCCUCCCUCUGAUACCCCCAUAAGGAAGGAGGAGGCCUCCCUCACAGAGCGGGAGAAUACCACUCUCGUCACUGAAGAAAUGACCUCCUCCAAGGUUAUUUCAGUCUACACGACCACCUCCACCAUGACAAGAAAUUUCCAAGUGACCCAGACCACCUCCACAUCUUCCAUCUCAUUGACCAAUGUGUCUCCUACAAACAGAUUGAAACAGGAUAGAAGUAACAACCUGCUGGUAAUUCUGAUUGUGGUAGUCCUGGUGGCAACUCUCUUGGUAGUCCUGUUCUUAAUGUGGCGUCAGCGGCAGAAGAGAAGGACGGGGGCUCUGAUGCUUGUGGGGAGUGGGAAACAUAAAGGAGCUGGGGAUGCUUGGGCUGGACCAGUUCAGGCUACAGAGGACCAGGCUGCAUCUGGGUCAGGAGCAGUGGAAGGGGACACAGGGAAUCUUGAAGGGGAGGGGACUGGCCGUAGGCCCACACUCACCACCUUCUUUGGCAGGCGGAAGUCUAGACAGGGUUCUGUGAUGCUGGAGGACCUGGAGGCUGGGGCAGCCACCAACAACCUCAGAGAUGAGAGUGAACCCCUUGUGGAAAACAUGAAUGGAACUGUAAAGGCCUCUGAAGCUGAUGGCUCAGGUGCUGAUGGGUCAGUAGCAGGAGAUGGGAACUUGCCCUCAGCCCCAGUGACCAAGGUAUGAAGGGAUGAGGAUCGGCGAUCAACAGACAUUCAUGAAGGUGUUUCAGGCAUAGUGCUGGGCACCGUGAGGCAGGUGUGAGGUAGAACCUGCCCUCAAGGAAUUUAGCUUCCCCAUUCUUUGUCAACUCUUUCAGUCAUCUUAACAAUUUCUUUUUUUCAUCCUUCAUCUUCUCCAUGACCAUCAUUUUCAUCAUCUUCCUCUUGACCAUUAUAGUCACUGAAUAUUGUCUGGGAAACACAGGGUCUCGCCAGUAAAAUCUUGAUGAAGUGAAAUUUCUGGACUGCCUAAUUUUUAAGAAAAAGACAGUCUUGACAAGCUUAUGUCAUGGAUUUGCCCAAAAAGACUCAUCCAGGAUCUACCAUAGGAGCCAUCAGCUGUGUUUCAGCUCAGGACAUUCGUUCCCACUGGGGCACUGACAUGCCCCCUGUAUCUCUGACAGAACCUGCCCCACACCUUCUCUAUUCCCUGAUUCAGUGGCCUAGUUAAUGACCUGUCAUACUACUAAUUUUUAUCCUAAUGAGGCUGACCCCAGGACUGGCUGAAGCCAUAGCUGAGGUAGCUUUGUAACCGGCUUCCAGCCUACCACACAUUUCACAUUACUAUACUUCAUGCCUUCUGUGGUUCAGACAAACCGACUCACUUGUUCCUCACAUAUAUAAUUCCAUCUCUCAUCUCCAUGCCUGGAAUGCCCUCCCUCCUUGACACUGACUUUUGGAAUCCAUAGUUUCUGUACAGCUUAGCUCAUAUGCCACUUCCUACGUGAAGCUUUUUCUGAUCCUCAAAGCCGUUGGCGUCUCCUCAACCAGAGCCAAAUCACCUCAUGUUUAUAUACAGAUUCUGUAUUUGCCUGUGUGUGUAUCCAGUAUCUAGUACCUGGCCCAGAGUAGGGAUAGGAAUAGGAAUAGUGACCAGAUCUCUGAUUUCAUUGGUACAGAAACUCCUAGAGAGGCUUGUGCCUCUACAAAAGCAGGCCAGCAUCUUCUCUGCAGUGUAUUGCCUUAGUGAACUGCCUAGAUGUUGAAUGAUUUGCCCUAGUCGCACAUACAUGUCAUAGGUAGUAUUUAAACCCAAAUAUUCCUGGCUUUGAGAGCAACUCUCCAACAUACCAAACUCUGCACAGCCUCUCAGUAGUUCAUUUAAUCUAUUUUUAAUAAAUUCUUGUUAAUUGAUUGAUAUUUACAGGCAUCAGAGCAGUAAAGAGGCCUUGCUCAGUAUUCCCCAGGCAGCUGGGGGAAUGUGAGAAUCCAAAUCAUGCUGUACCUGGAAGGUCUGCACUGAAGGGUUUCUUCAGAGCUCCCUGGGUGGGGUGAAGGGAUAGGAGUGGGUACCAGGAAGAAGCCUGGAAAGAUAGUGGAGAGGGGUGGUACAGAGAGAAUGUUGAUAAUGUUACUGGGAGGGAGUGGGGUCUGCAGCCCAGGGGAAUUGAGUAAGGAAUGAGGUGACACCUCUCAGCUAUGGUUGUGGGAGGAGAUGGGGGAGGAGUGGAGGUCUCUUAUUUGUGGUCCAAUAAAGAAUUCAAG